AUGGCAAGUUCAGGGUCUUCCUCACAUUCUUCGACCGAAAGUGAGAGCCGUAUGGAGAUUUCGGAGUUAGAUGAACACAAGUCACUAGGUUACUGUCUCAAAGGUCUCAGUGUCACAUGUUUAUAUAAUCACAAGGUCAUAGUCUCAAAGGUCACAAUGUUUGAUAUUUUGCAAGCACCAUAUAUCUACAAACUUGAUCAAAUUCAGUUCUAUCCGAAGAUAAAUACGAGAUGUUACCCGGCUGAGACACUGAAGAAGCUGAAAGACCUACUAACAAACGAGGAAUGGAUGUACUUUAGCAAAGAGUCACAGUUUCAGCAUCUGUUUCACACCAAAUUCGAAGAGACACUGAAGAUGGCACCUACUGUAUUCCUCAUCAACCACGCAGUGUUGGUCGAGGACAAUUGCGAGCUAUGGUUUGUCAUCAAUGGAGUGCCCAUCAGGUACUCCAUCGUGGAGCACGCCCUGAUAUCGGGAUUGAAAUGCGGUGAAUAUCCGCCAGGGUGGGAGUACAAAAGGAAAGAUAAGUUUAGACUGAAGAUGUUUGGGAAUCGGAAAAUGUCUAAGCAAAAUGUUCUUACACAACUUGAGAAGACGCCAAUCGCUAAGGUUGCUGAUCGGAAGAAAUUAGCCAUGGUGAUGAUACUCGGAGGGAUUCUGGACCAUGGCACCACAGAAGAUAGUAUCAACAAUGAUUUAGUGGACAUGGUGAAUGAUUUGGAGUUCUGUGAAAGUUGCUUCCAUUCGAAUGUAUAUCCAGCUUGGGUUGCAAUGGGUGGUAUAAAGAUGUUGAAGAAGCAGAUCUGGGGUGUCCUAGGAUGUGCAAGAAGUCCGUGA